AUGUCUCUGACACCGCCGAACCGGCAGGACUUGACGGCUGAAGUGCCCUGGGCAGCACCAAUGGGCCCGGAUGUUCCCACCUGCGACACCACAGUGCUGUUGGUGAGCAGCCCAGGGAGGCAGAUCUGGCCCUACAUCAAGACAAAGCAGCAUCGUGAAGGCGAUCCACACUUUCUGGAGCCAGGGUCGGGGCACUGGGCGGCAGACCUGGCAUUUGUGGAGUACCACGACAGGGCGUCCUGUGCAGAGGGCUUCUACAGGCGCAAGAACCCGCUCCUGCUAGAGGGCCUCGAGUUGAGCUUCUCCAGCAAGACCGCGAUGGACAAGCGGCUGGCGCAGCUUCAUGGCAGCUUCCAGCGCGGCAACGGUGCUGACAGGGCUGCAAAUGCAGCGAUGCGGGCUGAUGGGCCGGUGCUGCCUGCUCUGCCGCGCCAGUCCACCUUGCUUGAGGGUGUCACCACUCCGGUGGAGACCCCGGCAGAGUGCUCAGCUGCAGCGCCUGUGAAAGGCGCCAGGCCCUCCCUCGACAUCAACAGGGUGCGGCGGGAGCUCGGGUAUCCCCCGCUGCAGGGAGUCGAGAGGCCCAACAGGCGGGGAUCAGCCAUGCAUUCGCGGGGAAAUGGGAGCCAGACAGCGGGGGGUGCCCCUAAGGAGGCGCAUGGCACUGUCGAUAGCGACGCGAGGACUUCAGUGGUGGUUGAGGGCGGACAGUCAGACAAUUGCAAGACAGGAGCCAGGCGCAGGCCAGCAACUCCAGAGAGAGGAAGCGAUGAUGCGGCAGGGACUGUGGACCCCAUUUCCUCCAUUAGCCUGAAAACAGACGUGACAAUGAGCAGUGAUGCAGCUGGCAGCCAGCGUGAACGGGGCAGUAAGCCUGGUGCAGAUGAGCCGAGCAAGCGGCAGGAUGAGGAUAGCACUGUCUCAAGAUGCCCGGAUGAUGUGGGCACAGCGGACGUUCUCAGCACUGCAACCUCCCUGCAAUCGCUGGGGCCGCCCACUCCAGCUGCCACACACCCACAGCAGGCACACUUUGAAGAGGCUGAUGACAACAGCGGCCAGGGGCCCAGAGAGCAGUCAGGCACAGCUAAUACUGUGGAGGAAGCGUUGGAUUUCCUGCAGAUGCAGCUGCAAGCCGAGCGUGCCUGCCAGAGCAGCCUGGGCAGCACAGGGAGAUCUGCAGCGUCAGUGUCAGAUAAAGCCAGCACAGCCACUGAGAGGGACAGUGAUAGCUAUACCAGCAGUGUGCUGCAACAGCCCGUUGCAGAUGGAGAAUCGGUUUUUCAGCAGCCCAAUGCGGUGAUGGCGGAUGGACUCAGCGACCCUUCAUCAUCAGAUGAGUUGAGCAAUGACCUCGCGGAAAUGCUGCAGCUGAUCAUGGGAGAAUCUGACAAGUGUGUUGCCAAGGGAGGCAGCCCCGUGUAA